AGAACCAUCACACAAGACCUCGCCUCCUCACGCUGUGUUGUCGGCCUUUCCAACCCGGAGUCCAAUCGCUCCGCUCAGCUUGGUCCAGAAUGACCUCAAAACGCCGUAAUAACGGACGCUCCAAGCAUGGACGUGGCCAUGUGAAGCCUGUCCGCUGUACCAACUGUGGUCGCUGCGUCCCCAAGGACAAGGCCAUUAAGAAGUUCCAAAUCCGUAACAUUGUGGAAGCCGCUGCUGUCAAGGAUAUCAAUGAAGCUUCUGUGUACACUGUAUACCAGCUACCAAAGUUGUACAUAAAACAGCACUACUGCGUUUCCUGCGCUAUCCACUCCAAGGUGGUGAGGAACCGCAGCCGCAAGGCCAGGAAGAUCCGAACCCCCCCACCUCGCUUCCCACGAUCCUCUGAGAAGAGGCCUCGUCCCAACAAGUAAAUGAAAUAAAAAGUGGAGUCUUUAA